AUGACCAGAGAAUGGAAGAGUUUUACACUGACAAUCACAGUUUCUACCAAUCCGCCUCAUAUAGCCACCUACAAUAAAGCGAUUAAAGUAACCGUCGAUGGACCACGUGAACCACGCUCCAAGACCAGACAGCAACAGCAAUUCCACUUCGCCUUUGGCCAACGACCGUUUCAUUUCUCGGCAGAUCCGCUAUCAGGAUUUCGUAUGCCGCCAAUUGGAAACUGUCAAAGUGCUGGUAAUACUCAUUGGGGCUACAGUUCCGCUUCAGCUUACUCACCUUACUUGGCUAGUAGUGGUCUGUCAUCUUGCACAACUCCCACGUCAGCGCAAUUCAACAAUCCUGCUUUAGGUUUUUCGUGCUCCUCCAACGAUCAAGCAAAUAAUCAAGACUUUAGUGGUGCUGCUAAUCGGGAUUGCGUACCAAUGUUACCAGAUUCAACUGCUACCGAUUUAGAUCAGCACUUGAGCAAUUUAGUUGGCUCUACAACAGGUCAAAUGACACAUCACAGCUUACUCAGCACAACCGGUCAAAGUUCAAUAUCCUCCACUGUAAAUGGCGGUCCCGGUUCUAAUUCCAUACUAGUACCACGUUACCACACAAAUGCAAACAACGAAUAUAAUGUGCACUCAAGUCAAAAUGGACCACGCAGUUUAAGUGAUUCCUCACAAGCUGAGUCACCUGUACAAGAAGAUCUCCUCACAACAAAUACACCAAACUUAGGUGGUGGUAAUGGCAGUGGUGCUGGUAAUGGUAACACCAACACUAACGGUAAUGGUACAGCUGUUUCGGGUGGUAAUAACACAUUAGUUGGUGCAAAUCAAAACUUUCCAGGCAUUGUUAAUCAGUCACAGAACUCAGCAGCUUAUGGCAGUGGUACAGGUGGUGGCGUAGGUGUGGGUACAGGUCCUGCUGGUGCUACAGGUGCUGGUUGUAAUGGUUCACUAUACCCAGUCCUUCCAGCAAGUCUGCUUUAUUCUCAACUUUACACAGCAGCAAACCAAUCGCAUGGUUUCCAUUCGCAUGCGUUACCAUCGCAUACUUCGCCGAAUUCUUCAGUACAUGGUGAGCUUCAAAGUGUUAUGGAUCACAUUAGCAAUGUGGGUGUACGCCAACAGCAUAACAUUAUGGCUGGUGGUGGCGUUACGCAUCCAGGUGAUCUCACACUUAUCGGUAAUUGUGGUGCAUCGGUGCGGAACAUCGAAGAUGGCAACACGAAUAGACAAGUGGCAGCACUUGCUGCUCACCGUGGACACCACAAUCCAACUGACAAUGGCGGUAGCGUUUGGCGGCCAUAUUGAGGUCAGGUGUUGUGGUGUGGCUCAGCGGUACUAUAGUGCUACGAGAACCCGGACAAUAGUACCAAUACAGAAGCAAAAUAUUGGUAUGGCUGACCACCACCACAAUGAUUUCAAAAGUAGAAUUAAGUUGAGUUUAAGAAGAAGAAGAAAGUGAGAGACAGUGUUGCAUGUGAGCAUGCGCUGUAAGCCAAAAAUAUGUGAAACUGCUGUUGUUUUGUAAAUUAUAUUGUAAA